UGAUUUGAAGUGAAACUGAGAAUGCAUGUUGUUGAGUGGCGCUCUACUAAAAGCUGGGGCGCUGUAGGCUAAAUAUAAUUCAUGACAUGAGGGCAAUUUCCUCCAUCCCUGACUUAAUAGCCUCACCCCCCAACAGAUCAGUAGGAGGAAUUGAUUAGUGGUCUUGCAUUGGGCGAGUUUGUUUUGCAUGGCCCGGUGCCCUGGUGGAUGGAGAUUUGUCUUUAGGACCAAUGGAAUGGUUGAAAAUGAGCAAACCCUGCUCACCUGGGGAACCAGGCCACACAAAACAAAUUUGCCCCUUGUUUCUCCAGUGAUGUGCAGUCAGGGUAGGCAGUGCAUUCUACAAACCACUACCCUUCGCUGGGUGUGUUACUGGAAGAAGAAAAACUGCUUAUCCCAUUCAUUUUAACAGAAGGCAAAUGUAGGUGAUCUGAAAUUGUAUCAUUAUUAUAAAAUAUUGCUUGAGAGUAGAUCAAUAUAGCAGCACAUUACUCAAUUAAAGAUGAUUUUUGUUUUCCUUAUGAGUAGCUAACUAAUACAAAGACAAAUCAAAUGACUGCUUGCUGAAUCAGUAACAUUCACAAUCACACCCUUUGAAGUAUCCUGUAAAGACUAUGAAGGAGGAACAUGCCAAAAACAACCAACAUGUUGUCAUGCAUGGACUGUUAAUUUAAAUCUAAGUACCUAUUUACUGAGCUAAGUAGUCACCUAUUAACUAUGGUAAGAUGUUUUGUUUCACCCCUCCCAACACAGCAAGCCUUGGUUCAAUUUGCUACAACUUGAAGGAAUGCCGUGCCCCUCCCUCCAAUAUCCUCUCAGAGGAACAGCUGUUGAGUUAUUCCAGAGGAAACUCCAAGACUCUGGGGUGAGCACUCAGUUCAUUCAUAGAUGUUUAUAGAACAGUUAGGAUACUAUGGAUGGAAGGUAUGAAUGACUGUGGUUUUGUACUAUAUAUGCCUAUAGUAGUAGCUGUUCUGUCACGUUCAUGAUGCGCUGCCUGUAGCUUAUAAAUGUGUAAUCGGUUCAUACAUUUUUUUAUGUCUCUUUCUCACUCUACACACUUCUAAGGUGUUUGAGAUGAUCAUUGGGGCUGCUAACGGUCUCCAUGGCUGGGAAUCUUUUUCAGCUGAACAGUUUCUUUAAAAGAGAUGUCUUUGUCAUGUUUAUUGUUGGAGGAUGGAUCAGCUAUAUAUUGAUCAGUUGUCUUUUAGGUUAAACUAAAAAGAAAUUGGAACUGUGCUAUUUGUAUUCAUGCCACUUGCAUUGUUCAACGAUACUUCCACACAUUGUGUAUGUGAUCUGUCUCUAACGUUCAGGAUGUUGUUAUUUAUCCCGUAGGUCCUCCUUAGUGGAAUUACUCUUGUAUAUGCUGGCAUUCACCCCACAUAUAGUACUUCUGGGAAAGUAGGAGAAAGCUGUUUAGAUGGCAUUCAGAGGCUGGCACCUAGGGUUGUGUCUAGUUCAACAACUGUUAACUCAACCAACUGCUGUCAACCCCUUAUACCAUGUGUAAUCAAGUAGUCAAUUUGGUUCUGGGUUCAAGAUCAGUCAACCCCUUAGUCAAUUAGUCAACCAAGGGAAAUAUAUUUGUGUUUUCUUUAAGAGUAUGUCGCCUCUGUUUCCACAGGUGAAGUAAAAUGUCUCACUGAAUGUAAUGACUGCGAUAUUCACCAUGGUGGGUUUUGGGCUUGCAGUGUAUAGGAAUCCUUUGUCCAGGGAAGUAUUCUCUGUUGCUUUUAAAAAGUUCCAGUUCCGCUGGUCCAGUGAAGGAGACAGAGGGAGAGAGGCUUGCCCACCUUGCAGUUGUCACAACAGAUGCCUUUGGAGGAACACUGGGCCCCAGGAACUUUCCGACUGCACUGUAUGUGUGACGCACUUAGGCGUAGUGGGUGUGGAGUCAGGCGCAGGCGGCAGAAGGUACAGAACAAUGCGUUAAUCUCCGGCACAGAGAAAAUAGUACACGCCAAUACAGGGCGCAUAUAAACUCCCGGCCCAAAACCAGGACCUAAACAGUCCGGGAAAAAAACAAAACUGAAACGCACUACCACACAGAAACAACAGGGGGGAAAUAAGCCCUCACAAAGAGCAGGUGAGCCUCACCGGCUUAAAUUGCCCAACUAAAAACCAAAACAAGAGACAGGUGAAACCAAUAAGACAAAACGAACAGAAAAGGGAAAAGGGAUCGGUGGCAGCUAGUAGACCGGUGACGACGACCGCCGAGCGCCGCCCGAACAGGAAGAGGAGCCACCUUUGGUGCGAGUCGUGACAGUAUGUCCAAGCAUACACCAUACAAACUGGUCAAAUACCCCUGCAAAGAGGAUCACCCCUACUCCAAUUUCUACUGAGACACUGUGCUCCUGAUCAAUGGCAUGCUGGGCAUUCUGAUUGGUUUCUUGGUGCUGGAGAUGCUGAUCAGUGUGAUGGUUAUCACGUAUGGGCUGUGCACCAUGGGUACCGACCACCCAGAGAGCAUAACAGGUCAUUUUACAGAGACUCUUGAUGAUGAGGUGGAGGUGAAGUGUUCUUUGGAGAACAAUCGCUUUAUACUGUGUGACUGCGAGAAGGGGAGAGGAAUUCCUCUAAAGAGGGCAACCUUUUGCCCCUUCAAGUAUCUGUCUGUCGCAGAGGCAGCUGCAAUCCCAUUGGAUGUUCAGAGCCGCGGAGUGGACGUGGGGGUUGCUAUUCUUCUGCAGUCAGCCAAUCAGAAGGUGUUGUUAACUCGACGGGCGGCCAGUCUCCGCAUUUUCCCCAAUGUGUGGGUUCCACCAGGUGGCCAUGUGGAACUGGAUGAGAGGCUCCUGGACGCAGGGCUGAGGGAGCUGAGGGAGGAGACAGGACUGAAGCUGGACCCUGGAGACGUCUCAGCUCAGCUGCUGGGGCUCUGGGAGUCAGUUUUCCCACCCAUGCUGAGCAGAGGGAUGCCGCAGAGGCACCAUGUGGUCACUUACAUGCUCCUAAACACCUCCCUCACACACCAGCAGCUCCAGGCCUCUCUGCACCCCAAGCCUGCUGAGGUCAGUGGUUGUCUGUGGGUGGACGCCUCACUGGUCAAGGCCAUCGUGUCCGCCGUGGACGGAGAGGAUGGUUCUGUGACACCGUUGGAGGGCCUGGCUACAACCAUAAGUGUAUCGGAGGUCUCUCUGGAAGGUGGGCUCAGUGAGUCAAUUUUGCCAUUGUCUGUUUUGUGUAACCGGGCCCCGAAUAGCGGAGAGGAUGUGGAGCGGGUCAGCACUGGUACCAAAUAUGCCCUGGAGCUCUGGCUUAAGAACCUGGAGGGACAGGGGACCCGAUGUUAACUGUCUUCACUAAACCUGGACGUCUAGCCCUGUGAUGAAGUGACUUCCUGGAGGAUGACAUCACUUCCGGGAGUUUGCCUUAACCGGUGAAGGUCACCUAAAGUGAACUAUCAUCUUUCAAAAAAUCUUGUACGUAUUAACCAAUAAUGAACUUUGGGUGAUCUGUCCCUUUAAUAUCUACAGCAACACCUACAAGUCUUAUAUGGCUGUUUGAGGGCUUUGCAUGAGCUAUCAAUGUUGUGCGUAAGAACAGUUUUUAUUGCAAGGGUGUUGUUGUUAGUGAUGAAAUGUUAUGAACAAAGUGGAUUUAUACUGCAGAUGCUUUUAUGAUCAUUAUAUUCCAUUUGCGCCUUCGAGCCACAAGAUGGCAAUGCAUAGCCUACACAGUGAUUUCACAUUUGGAAACAAGCGCAAAACAAUCAGAAUUCUGAUUUAAGUUUACAUAAUUAUCUUGACUUGUAAAUCAUGUGUUCUUAACUGACUCGCCUGAUUAAAUAAAAAUGAAUAAAAAUA